AUGUCAAAUAAAAAAAAAAUGAAAGAUGAACGUCUUGGUCUAGUUGACAUCAUUAACGUUUACGAACAAACCAAAAGAUUAAGUUUAAUAGGAAUUAAUGAUAGUAGCAAACCACUUCAUCCUUCACAUUCACUCUUCAGAUUAAAUAAUUCAUCAUUGGAAAAAGUUUCAAAAAUAGGUAAUAUUAGUAUUGAUGAUGAUGAUUCAUCCGAUGAUAAUGAUGAGGAUAUUGAUCAAGAACAACAUUUAGUUUCGAAUAGUUUCAUUCAAGGUUCAACUGCAAUUUUAUGUAGUCAACAUUUAACUUCAAUUGUACAUGAUCAUGAGGAAUCAUCAGUUUUAGAAAAUGAAUCAAUAACUGAUUAUUUAGAUUACAUACAUCAUAAAACAAUGUUAAUUCAAAAUAAUAAUAGCAAUAAUACGGUUAGCGGAGUUAUUAAUGGAAAUAAUAAUAGCGAUAUUAUUAUCGCAAGUACCAAUAGUAGUGGUAUUAGUAUGAAUAAUAAUCCAGACACAAGUUUAUCAGAUAAUAAUUGUCUCAAACUCAAUGAUAUUUCAUCAAAAUUUGUCAUUGAAAAUGAUAUUAGAGAAUAUAUUUCAAUGCUGGCAGAACAAGAGGAAAUUUUUGAAUUACUAAUUAGAUCUAAAGAAAUUCAAUUAGAUGUAAUUAAUAAGGUAGGCGAUACACCACUUCAUAUUGCAGUGAGAAAUGAAAAACUUGCAAUGAUUAAAGAACUCUACCAUCUCUACCCAUCCAAAAGUUUACAAAUUAAGAAUAAUCAAAAAAAGACAAUUGAUAAAUUAGCUAAAGAACGUGAUAUUGAUUUGAAAAAAUUGGAAAAGGAAUUAGAGCAAGAUAAUGCUGGUAUUCAGAAAGAAGGUUUUUGGAGUUCAAUAUUCGGUAAUAAGAAGAAGAAAACCAAAUUUAGUCCAUCGAAUUCAUCAAGUGAAUUACAAAGUAGAAUGUCAAACAUGUCACGUCGUAAUUCACUUCUAGUUUCUGUAUCAUGGGAUCCAACUAAAUAUGCAGUUGGAUGUGAUCAAAUUGAUUCACAACAUGCUCAAUUAAUUGAAUGGUUAAAGAAUUUAAGUGAAGCAUCACUCACUUCUCAAAGUCAUUGGGUUGUUGGAUAUACAAUUGGAUGUUUAAUUGAAUAUACGGAAUUUCAUUUUUCUGAUGAGGAACAGUUACUGAGGUUUGUUUUUUAUUUUUAA